CAUCGCACCAGGGGCUGAAGUUCAUUUUGAAUCCCUUGAACUGAGUGACAGAGAAAACUUUGCACAAAACGUUACACAUUUGCGAAACCUUUCGGCUAAAGCGGACCUCUACGCUCGGUUGUUUGCACAGGUGGGUGCUGCAUUGCCUUUUUCGCUCAUUUCUGCAGGAGUUUCACGUUUCACGCCAAACGGAUCAUGUUUACUUCGAUCAAACUCGCACAGAAAACUCGAGGAGUCUUUGGUGGAUGUCAGGUUUUUACAGCGUGUGCUUCUCAGAGAGUUAUAAAACAGGGAAACUUUGACGGGGAUCAGAGUAAUGUGUCUUGCACGCGGCGAAUGUCCGGGAAGGGCUUCAAUGUCCCACCGAGCGCGGAGUUUGUGGCGAGAGUCAGCGGAAUCGCCACUAUGUGCAAACUACCGUUUCAGGAAACGGCGGACGGGCUGGACGCGGCGUUUGUCGGGGUUCCUAUUGACACCGGAACUUCCAACCGUCCCGGUGCAAGAUUUGGUCCGAGGCACAUCAGGGCAGAAUCCGCUAUGAUCAGGUUGUACAACGGCUGGACAAAAGCGGCCCCAUACGAAUCAAUAAAGGUGGCGGAUAUCGGUGACAUUAACGUCAACCUCUUUGACCUGAAGGACACCUGCAAAAAAAUACGAGAGGCUUACCGUAAAAUUGUGGCCACUGGCUGCAUCCCACUUACCCUGGGAGGUGAUCACACGAUUGCAUAUCCAAUUCUUCAAGCCGUUGCUGAGAGACAUGGUCCAGUGGGCCUAAUACAUGUGGAUGCCCAUGCGGACACUAGUGACAUGAUUCUGGGUGAGAAAAUUGGUCACGGGACCCCUUUCAGGCGCUGUGUGGACGAGGGGCUCCUCGACUGCAAGAGGGUCGUCCAGAUCGGGCUCAGAGGGUCGGGUUAUUCUCCAGAUAAUUAUGAGUGGAGCCGUGCACAGGGUUUCCGUGUAGUGGAAGCUGUGGAUUGCUGGCACAAAUCUCUUGUCCCACUCAUGGAGGAGGUUCGCUCACAGAUGGGAACCGGACCGGUCUAUCUCAGCUUUGACAUAGACGGUCUGGAUCCUGCAUUCGCUCCAGGCACAGGAACACCUGAGAUUGCUGGUCUCACACCCAUUCAGGGUUUGGAAAUCAUUCGAGGUUGUCGAGGUCUUAAUCUUGUAGGUUGUGAUUUAGUUGAAGUUUCUCCACCUUAUGACACCACAGGAAACACUGCUUUGACUGGGGCUAACCUCCUUUUUGAGAUGUUGUGUGUCCUUCCGAAUGUCAAAUAUUAUUGAUAGCUUUUUUUCUACAUUUUUGGAACAUCUUAAAUAGUUGCACAGUGACACAUACACAUGAUUAAUCAGUAUUAAUAUCAUUUUCAGCAAGAAAUACCUUUAUUUGGAGUAGCAAAACAGUGUUAUACUGUCACAGUUUAUGAACACAAAGAAAAUUCAUUGUAGAUGUAGAAACAACUCAAUUAUGGAAAUAGAACAUUUUAUAUGCAUUUGAUAAUUUAGUUUUUGACCAGAAUGUUAAAUAAAAUGGAUUACAUAGUAACAUGAUACUUUAAUAUUUUAUACCACAGACAUAAAUACAUUUAGACAUAGUUAAUAAGCCAUGAAAAUUUGGCAUGAUUUAAUGCUGACUAUCUUAAAUGUAAGAUAUUUACCAGUGCAUUGCAAAACAAAUAAAAUGCUAA